AUGUCAGCAGAGGAGAGGAGAAUGUAUAACAAAAUGUGGCACCAGACCCAAGAAGCCCUUAAUUCUUUGCUUAAUAAUGAGUCUCAGGAAAUGGUGGAAGCACAGAGAAACCAAGUUUUCAUCUUCCAAAUGCUGGCCACCUUCUACAUUAAAUACGUGCAGAUCUUCAGGAACAUGGAGAAUAUCUAUGACCAGAUGGUCCAUCCACAAAAGCGGAUACUCAUCCGGAAGAUCCUGGAUGCUGUGAUGGGUCGCAUUCUGGAGCUGAAGAAUGAAAUGGUUGAAUUGGAAUUAUCUGAGUUUCAUUAUUUUGAUGAUGUUUUACAGGAUCUAAAGCUGGCUCCCCAACAAUUAGAUAUUCCCAUACCCAAGUACUUCUUGAAGGAGAGGUUGGAAGUAAUAAAAGAAAGAGAGAAACUCCUCGCUCAGAUACUGGCCGACAGUGGAUUGAAUGUACAUGAUGUGAAAUACUUAAAGAGCAUGUCCCUGGAUGAGGCUAUUAAAGUCAUCCAGAUUGCUGAGCGGGCCCGGCAAGGCCGUCUGAGAGCGCUGUUCAUGAAGCAAAUCUACCUUCAGGAAUUCAGAGCAAAGCAGUCCAAGAUGCGUGGGGAGAAGGCCGACAGCACUGCCGCACUCCAGAUUCAAAAGAUUUGGCGAACUUACUCUCAAUUCAAGAAAACUGAAAGAGAAAGAGAAGCAGAGAUGAUUUUCCUGGGUAUGAACCCCCCGCCUCUCUUCGAUGAAGUCAGUGCCACGUUCAUCCGGGCGGAGAAGGUGAACCAGCUGCGGAGCGAGGUGCAGCUGAAGCACGAGGAGCGCUACAAGGAAGCCUUGGUGACCAUCAAGAAAGACCUGGCGUUGGUAGAAGGACAGGACUUCAAGGACAGCCUUCAGGACCAGAUCCGGCAGUGGUUCAUCGAGUGCAGGAACUUGACCGGCACAUUUCCUGACUACCCUGAUGUACAAGAAGGAGGCUCAGCUAUUAUUUUUUCUGACAAGACCCCAGAGCAGGUUUUAUUGAAGAACAUCCUUUUGCCAACCAAGAAGAGGAAAGAGCCGAAAGAAAACAAACAAAACAGAAAAGAAAGCCGAAAAAAGAAGGGACAGAAAAGAGUAAAGGAAAAAUCUAAAAAUGAGGAGUGGAAAAUGUCACCAAGUGUUUUCCUUCGAUCAAUGGAGGAAGGAAAUAACUUAUACAAAGACACGUGGAUGAACAGAGAUGAAUCUUGGAAUUUCCCUCAGGACUAUGAUCCAGAAAUGAUCAAACAGGAGAAACGGAAAGAACUAGAGUCAGAGAUAAGGGUUCAGGUUGAUGAGCUGAUGAGACAGGAACUAAAAAACUUAAAACUUGCUGUGAACAAAGAAAAGGAACUUCCGGUCAAAGGAGGAAAGAGAGGGAAGAAGCAAGUGAAAAGAAAGCAAGGCAAAAGAGGAAAAAUGGGGAAGAAGGAAAAAGACCUGUUAGCUGACAGGACCAUCGAGUCUCUGUACAAGGAGCUGGUGGAAGAAGGCCUAAUCGUGCAGGCUCAGAAAGUCAACCUGUCUGAUUACAUUGGUGAGUACAGCUACCUGGGGACCACCCUCCGUCAGGUAGCCAUAGAACCCAUGCCUUCCCUCCUGGAUGUCAGACAGCUCAUCACUCUGUACGGAAUCCUGCCUUUGGGGUCUGCGGUGGUGCACAAGAAUGCCCCGCAGGUGAAAUCGCUGCUGCUGGCUGGGCCGGCCGGGGUGGGCAAGAAGAUGCUGGUGCAUGCCAUCUGCACGGAAACGGGAGCCAACCUCUUCAACCUGUCAGCAGCAAACAUCGCUGGGAAGUACCCAGGCAAGAGGGGCCUCCAGAUGAUGCUGCAGGCAGUCCUCAAGGUGGCUCAGCAGCUUCAGCCCUCGGUGGUGUGGAUCGAAGACACAGAGAAAACCUUCUACAGAAGAGUUCCCCACGCGGAAAAGCUGAACGAACCUAAACGCUUGAAAAAACAGCUCCCAAAACUCCUGAAGCUCCUGAAGCCAGAGGACAGGAUUCUGGUGGUGGGGACGACCCAGCGUCCCUUCGAUGCUGAGCUGCAGUCCUUUUGCAGAGCUUACCAAAAGAUCGUUUUGGUUCCCAGGCCAGACUACGCGUCCAGAUAUGUUUUGUGGAAACAGAUCAUUCGGCACAAUGGAGGAAUCUUGACAGACACCCUGAACAUCAGUUGCCUAGCAAAGGUCACUGAUGGUUUCACCCAAGGACAUAUAGUUGAGGUGGUCAAAGAAGUACUUACAGACCGCAGAAUCCGGCAGCAGGCUCAUAAACCUCUCACUGCAGUGGAGUUUAUUGCAGCAAUAGCCAGCAUGAAUCCAGUGUACAAAGAGGAAGAAGAGAGCUUUAAGAACUGGUAUGCCAAAACUCCUCUGGGGAAAAGGCGAGCCUUGGCCUUAACAAUUGGUGGCAAAGAAAAGGACAAGGCUAAAGGGAAAAAGAAAGGGAAAAGGCAGAAGAAGAAGAAUUAA